AUGAGGUCCAUUAUCACUCAGGCAACCUUGGCCGUUUCAUUGGCUGCACUAGCCAGUGGUUUGGUCAUGAACCCCGAGGCUCGGGAUGUUGAGGAGCCUGCAAAGCGCAACGUCGACGAGCCUGCUUACGUCUGGGCCUCUACCGGUAAGAAGCGCGAUGUCGACGAGCCCGCCUAUGUCUGGGCUUCUACCGGUAAGAAGCGUGACGUCGACGAGCCCGCCUACGUCUGGGCUUCCACCGGUAAAAAGCGCGAGGUUGACGAGCCUGCUUACGUCUGGGCUUCUACCGGUAAAAAGCGUGACGUCGACGAGCCCGCCUACGUCUGGGCUUCCACCGGUAAAAAGCGCGAGGUUGACGAGCCUGCUUACGUCUGGGCUUCUACCGGUAAGAAGCGUGAGGUUGAGGAGCCUGUCUAUGUAUCCGUCAAGGAAUAA